AUGCUUCGGAGGUACAACUCGAAAAGUCUGGACACGAUUCUACUCAAGAACCGAAGGACCACCAUCGGAAGCGCCGCCACGUGUGAUGUCGUCGUUAAGGUUGAGGGCCCAGAUAUUGUAGAGUUUUAGGGAUAUAGCUUUCAACAAUGGAUGGCCGAGGAAAAAGCUAGGCCACGUUCAUGAAAACCUCUUCCAGGGCAAGGGAAUCGCGCCGGUUCACGCCUCAAUUCAAUCCACCUCAUUGGGAUUUUUGCUCCGAGAUCACUCGCUUUCCGGGAGCACUCGAGUCAACGAUAGACCAGUGGUCGGGCAGGUAACUUUUUAGAAAUUCACACAAUAUCUAUUUGAAGCCCAAAAUGGACCGUUGUAGGUGGAAAUCCAAAGCGGAGACUCUUUGCAAGUGGGCGGCUCUCCUCCGUUCGUUUUCGACGCCGAAUGGAUGUUCGGCACGCGGCCCAACUCGGCGAAGAGCAAAGAGCACUCUGUCGGCGGCUCGCCGGCCCCGCCCACCUCUGCCAAUCAUCUGCCGAUCAUCGGAGUAGGCGAAAAAGGGCAGAUUCGGUGAAACUUGCUUUCAGAAACGGAUAAUACCGCUGGCAGCGCGUGGCAGUCCAACGAGAAAACCCGAAAGAUCGUCGGCCUCUUCUACAGAAUCCAAUCGAGAGUACUACAAUAGCGGCCGGUCGAUCGGCAACAACUUGCUGCAGAGAGUGGUCAAAUUGCAGGCGGAAGUGAUUGCCAAGGACGAAAAGGUUUUGAUCAACUUUGAACGGAUAUUGUAGAUUUCAAGGAACUUUUCUUUACAUCCACUCCCAAAGCCACUAAGGCGCUUCAGCUUGAUGAAAAGUUUCCAGUCUUGUGCGUAGGCGUAUCAAAAAGUCGUCAACUACAAAAACAACAAUCUCUACAAACUCUACAAUAAAUUGCAAUUGUCCUCUUUUGCAGAUCCGUCAGCUCACUUCCUCUUCUUGUCCGCACUUCCAACCGACGCUUCCUCCCUCUUUCACUUCUUCUCUCCCUCCCCCACUCCCUUUUUCGCGUCGUCGUCCAUCGAAACUUCCCGAGCUGUCCACAAAAUCGUUCGAACUCUUCGCCUAUCGCGCGUUCGUCGGUGCGAUUGCUUCCCAAUUGCGACAGUUCAACGACCGGGUCCUUCGCAAUCCGCAAAGGGACGGCGCCGAGUUGUUCACCGCCAUGUGCAGGGCCGUCGACGUUCCGUUGAGCCAUCGGAUUACGGUGGGUCACUCUUUUUCAACAAAUCCCUUUUUUCUCAGCUGCCUGCAGAGUUAUCAAAAAGUUGUCAACUGAUAAAAUGUGCAGAAUUUCCUAGUGAACAUUUUAUCAGUUGACAACAUUUUGAUAUCUCCACCGGCGGCUGAGAUAUACCUCAAAGUUGCAGGAUAUUGAGAAGCACUGCGAGGCGGUGCUGAUCGACAACGAUUUCGAGGACGGCGACGAGCUCAUCUCGCGCCUGGACAACUUUAUCCGCGAGAGCCGCCGCGAGAAGAUUCUCGAGUUGACGAACGAGCUGGAAAUGGUGAUGCCGCUGAUCAGGGACGCCGCCUCGAACGCCCGCGAGAACAUCAAAGUGUGCAAUGUUUUUACGCAAUGGAGCCGCCAGUUUGGAGUGGGUUACUGUAGAAAAUCCCCUAUCUGAAGGGGACCACUUUUCAGGAUUUGCUGCGAAAGUCGAGCUUCAGCGCGUCAGUCCUCUUCCAGGCGAUCGACGACCUCAAGGCGCAAUUCUCGGAGGCGCAUGUAAGUGUGGCUCAACCGACGGGACCACUAACGUUCCCUUUCAGAUGAGCCGUCACUGGCUGCCUCCGAGCAUCACGCCGAUCCUUCGGUUGGCCGCUUUGGAGCUUGAGAAGCGGGACGGAGCGGUGAGCCCGCGGGCAGAGUUCCCGACGGUCCCGGUGGUUGGAGGGAACGAUCGGAAGAAAAGUAUCGACAUGACUCUGGACACGUGCAUUUCACAAGUCGAGGCCAUUGUUCACGAGAUUGACUAUCACGCCGUUCGACUGUUUAACAAGGCCAAGGACUACAGUGUGAGUGGGUGGCCUAGAAAAGCGGAAAAGGGAAAACUAGUCCCCCCAUGUUUAACGAUACCGUAUCCUUUUUUAGACCUUCCAACCGCUGGACCUCGACUCGGUGACCCGUAUCUCGAAAGUUGUCGACUCGAUGCGGUCCUCAAUAGAUGUGCUCUCGGAGCAUUCGUUCAAGGAUCGUCCCAACUCGGUGCUUUUCUUCGAAAUCACCAACGAAGACAUCAGGAAUUCGAUGAGAAAAAGCGACGGAGAAGGCUCGACGAGUUCGCUGAGCUCUCACGGAUCCGGUCCCCAACGGAAGGUCUCCGCGGCGCCCAAAAUCACGGAUCCGUUGAGCGAGAGCGAUGAAAUUGCCGAGGAACGAAUGAUGGAUGUGGUGGAGAGGAUCACUCGACUGCUGGGACCGGACGAGGGACCGGCGCGGAACGAGGGAACGAUCAGUGUGGACGCGAGUGUGUUGAAGGUAAUCUUCUGGGGACCAUAUCUCUGCAACCAAUAAUUAUUUCAAAAAGUUGUAAACUGCGAAAAUGUUGCAAAUGUCAUGCUGAACAACUUUGUAAUUGACAAGUUCAUUCCAAAACCAUUCAUUCCUGAGUUAUGAUCUUUCAAACUUUCAGCUGCUGCUCCAACAGUCGAAUAAGUUGGCAGACACCUAUGAAUCGCUGGAAUUGGACCGGGAAGGCGCGCGAAGAAAACGAUCGAUUCCGCCGAUGAUUACUGUAGAAGAGGAGUCUCCGGAAGGUCCAGAACCGCCAAAAAUCGAACAAAUUCCUUCGGAAUCCCCGUUGGAAACUCCGAUGCCGAUUGAGGAUUCUCCAGAUGCCACGCUUCCGCCAACGCCUUCUUCUGAGACCUCAGAAGUCUCAGACGACGGAUCCUUGGCCGCAAGGACCCCCGAGUCGGAAAUGUCCCUCCCGGACCCGAAAGUUGGAGCCGAAGAGGAAGAAGAAGAAGAAGAAGAAGUGCCACGUCACAAAAAGAGUCUGGUGGCCGUGAUGACACUGUCGAACGACUCGAAAAUUCUCAAAAAGUCCUAUUCAGAAGACUUGGGAAUCAAGAAGAAAACAAAUGGGCACGGGAUUUCAAGAGCUCCACAAGUUCCGAGGGCAGCGGAUCCCACAGCUCCACCAGAAUCACCUCCGCCUUCUCCGGAAGCUACGCCGCUUAUCGACGAUGAAAGUGAUGAAGAUCCGGAAGAUCCAGAAGAAGAAGAAGAAGAAGAAGAAGAGGGAGAGGGAGAGCGAGAGCGAAACCCAUUCACGGACGACGAAAAGAGCACCGUCCGAUAUGUGCCAAAAAAUGAGAGCCAAGAACUUUCGCCGCAAGUAUCGCAAGAAACGAGCGGGGACCAGGAGCGCAUCUCGAGCCACUUGAGAUCCCAUAUAAACACGGCUAAUGGAAAGCCCCAUGUCACUUAUCAGGUCAGCAACUUUGCUUGGUUUUCGUAGUUGGUCAUUUGUUUGUAGAGCCACUCCCUGGAGUACUGUAGCUCUUGGAAGUUGACAUUGAAUUGAGGGGUCCUUGGAUAGUCCUAACUUCUAAGAGCUACAGUAGUCUUAGGAGUUGUGGUACGCAAAAGUUGUCAACUGGAAACAUGAAAAGCACAUUUAGAACUAUCACUUUGUCUGUGACAAUUAUUGUGUCUAAUCACUUCUAGGAGUACUGUAGCUCUUGGAAGUUGGAGCUCCAACUUCAAGGGACAACAGUAGGCUGACAAUUUAAAAUAGUUGUACGGAAAAGGUGUCAACCACAAAAGUAAAGUACGAAUAUUGUAGGUCUAACUAAAACUUUUCAGUACCCGAUCCGCAAAUACUACUCACCUCCUAUGAAGCGUCGGUCGAAGAGCGAGGAUCAGAAGAUCAAGGAGACGCUUUCGAAUCGGCCCCCUUUUGUUCUUUACUAG